GGGGGGUAGGAAGCCCUAGGCGGGCAGUGGGUGCCGCAGUAUUGGGUGGGUCAGACAUCGUAGGAGUAAGCGUUUCAUGCGUUUGCUCCUCAAUCAUUAUUUUCUUUCUAUAAUCUUAUAAUUACUGUGAGAUAUCGAAGUGUCACUUCGUGUGUGUGUGUGAGUGUUUUCACCGAUUGUAUGCAGAUGCUGUCAUGUUAUUGUAUACGUUAUACAACGUGGCUUUAAACCCCCCUCUGUGAGACGGUUUCUCCACUAUGGAAGUGGCAAUGCCUAUGACAGGUAGUGCCAUCGAUUGUUAUGAGGAUAUGUUCAAAGAGAUAACCAGAAAACUCUAUGGAGAAGAUGGUUUACCAGAACUAAGUGCCAAUGAGAGGUUAGCUUCCACAAGUACAGAUCGGGGUUUAACGCCCAUAGAAUACGAAGUAGAAAAUCCAAUUCUCAAACCUGAAGAACAUUUAACAGCAUUUGGCUUGGCUGCUUUAAUGCAAAAUGGUUUCCCACCCAGCGGUAUACUCAACCCUAAUUUCCAAUGUCAUAAGCCAAACAACGGAACAAUUUUAAAUACUAAUUGUGAAGAUAAAUGGAUAUCUAGUGAAGAUAAUUUACAGUGGACACAAUCUAAAAUAGCAACAUAUAAUCCCGCUCAAAAAUUGUAUAAAUGUUCAGAAUGUGAUUGUGUGGGUUAUCUUCUUAGAGUAGCUGAACAUUGGUUAGGAACACACUCUUCAGUGAGAGCGUUUCACUGUCCCCAGUGUCCUUACGAGAGUGCUUGGGCCAGAUGCGUUAGAAUACAUUUAAAUAGGCAACACAACAUUAAUACUGACGAAUCAUGCGAUACAUUAACCAAAGAUAACCCCGUAAUUCAAGAAAUUGUGAAAUAUUUACAAAAAUUAAAAAACAAAUUAGACAGUAAUUGCAAUAAAGUUCCAGCAUCUAGUACUGUACAAAGUGAAGACUAUCAUAAUCAAUCGAUUAAUAAUACUUCAACUAUUUCAAAUAAUUCCCAAGUAUUGGGAAAUUCAUCAUCUGCUAGUCCUGAACAAACUAGUACUUCAACCAAACGUUAUAGCUGUACUUUUUGUCCGUAUGCAACAGAUAGAAGAGACUUAUUUACUAGACACGAAAAUAUUCAUAGAGAAGAGAAACCUUUUCAGUGUUAUGUCUGUCAAAAACAAUUCAAUAGAGCAGAUCAUGUCAAAAAGCAUUUUUUAAGAAUGCAUAGAGAUCAUCCGUACGAUUUGAAUAGGAUCAGGAGACAUCCUCCUAAAAAUGCGUCAGGAAUGUCUUACUAUCAAAAAUAUAAUUCCAACAUCACAAAUCAAACCAAUGAUUUGUCGACAAUAAGUUCCUUAUCUAUUCCUGGAUUUAAUAAUAUGUCGAGAGCUCCUCAAAUGAAUACGCGAGUUCCACAAUCCGAUAUAAAAACCAAUGUCAAAACUGGAAAUAUUUCCCGAAGUAACGGAAAGAAAAAAGGAGAAAAACGUUUUACGUGUUGUUACUGUUCGUGGAGUGGCGUGGAUAAUUGGUGUCUUAAGAGACACAUGAAUACGCAUUUAAAACCAUUUGUUUGCAGUUUAUGCGACUACAAAGCUGCAAGAUCGGAGAGACUUGCCACUCAUGUGUUGAAAGUGCAUAACAAGAGAGCCUGUAGCAAAUGCCAGUUCUUAGCUGAUGAUUUAACACAGUUGUCCGUACACCAACAGGAACAACACCCGUUGGAACAAAGGAGUAGGACAAAUAACAGUAAUAUUUUAAGAGCAAACACUUUUAAUGGAAGCACUUCCACAUCUACUUCCAACUCUAUUACUAAUUCCAACCCUGGACCUUGCAGCGUCCAAUCGCAAGGUCUCUUAAAAACACAUGAUUUGAGUACAGCAGCAGCGAUGCUUCAACAAAGUAAUCGAUUCCUUCAGACAGAUGCUAAAACUUGGAAACAUCACAUCCCUAAACAACAUGGAGCAGCUCGUCUUUUUAGUUAUAUGGAAGCGAGUGAUGGAUCUGAACCAGAGAGUGAACCUAGAGUAGCUGAAGAUAUGAGUAGGAUGAAUCUUACUCAUAGAAUUCAGUCGGAUUUUCCUGAGGCGGGAGAUGUUGGCAAUCAGGCUGACGAAGAAAAUGGAGAAGAAAUGGAACUUCCCCUUUUCGUCUGCCAAACGUGCGGUUGCGAGUUUGAAGAUGAUCUUUCUUUAGAGUCCCAUCAAUAUACUCACCGGCACAGUGCAGCAUCUCCCGCUAAGACUGAGCAUUCAAAGGAGAAUGUGAACCCAGAUUUAAAAUAUCAUUGUCGUUUAUGUGAUGCAGCUUAUGAACACCAAUCCUCUAUCAUAGAACACAUGACUAUUCACUCUACUUUGAGUGCCGAUACAUUAGGUCCGCCUGUAGUACCAAAUCACCGAUCAAGAAAACAAAAUCGACCUAAAAAGUUAGUUUUGCCAUUUUGGGACCCAGAUGAAAUAGAUGUAUUGAGACACUUGAGUGCAAAGCUAAGAAGAUGGAAAGAAACCUUAUCAACUUCCACUUUUGGUGUUAAUAGGUUAGUAGAUAAAUAUAUGGCUAAGCUGGUAACUAGAAGCGGCCGGGUGUGUAUAUGGUGUAAAAAUACUGGUUUAAGUAGAUACCAUACCAAAGCAACUUUAGCUCUCCAUCAUUACUGGAGGCAUACCAGAAAAAAAUUCAAAUGUGAGCAUUGUGAUAUGGCAUUUAAACAUCGAUAUCAAAGUGUAUUACAUAGCAGUCGUGUACAUACCAAUCAGAAGUCUCAACUCGUGCCUAUGGUGCUUCCCAAAGAACCUACUCAUUCAGCACUGAGUGCCGAAUCUUUGUGCUCUUCCCAGGACACCAGUCUCUUCUUUAGCAACCCUCAUACUGUAUAUGUACCUGACGCAACAAUGUCUAAUGCACAUAAACUGGGAAUGUCUUUCUUUGAUCAUUCUUUUAUUCAUCCAAGUAACGCUAUAAAUAACCACAUGCCAAUUAUAAUACCAACAUUUCCACCCAAUUAAGUUUGCUUGAAUUUCAUUAAUUAUGCAUAGAAUUUUCCUGAAAAUAAAAAUGUGUAAAUAUAUAAACUUCAUCUAGAACUGCAUUCAUUGAAAUUUGUUGUUGUUAAGUAAAAAAAUAUUUAUUUUGAUAAUGCAAUUGUACAAAUAAAUAUGUCUCAUGAUAACAUGUAAUUGUCAUUUGGGGAAGUAAUUUGGAUUUCAGUGAAUAUCAUUGUAGAUCAAUAGCAGUUCAGAUCAAAUUUAAUUUAACUGUUUAUUGACUCUUUAAUCGUUCCCCCGCGUUCAUAAAACUUUCAUUUCAAUUUCUAGCUAAAGGAUUUUAUGGAAACAAACCAGGAAAGAAAGCUUUUUAUGUAGUAGUAACCUGGCCCCUAAUGAAUCAAGCUCCAGCUAGUAAAGAUAAACCUUUCUGUAGUCGUCUCAAAAUUGUCAAGCGCUAGUAAACCAAACUUGAGAAGACUAACUUUGACUGAAAAAUCUGAGAUUCUCUUAUAUUAUAUAAUGUUAAUCUUCCUUGUGGGUUGAGUAGAAUUGAGAAAAUCGUUAAUUUCUUAUUGCUUCUUCAAAACAUAACUUUGGAAGAUAUCUUAUGUUCACAACUGUUAGUAUAAUAUAUAUGGAACUGACGAGUUUUGAAAUGAAGAUAUAAAUUAUUCUUCCUGGUUUCCUUUCUAGCAAACAUGCAAAAUAUAUAAACUAUAAUCCAAACGAUAAAAAUCUAAACCAAGCUGAGAAAGUAAAGAAUUAUUAAAGACUGUUGGUAGAUAGGGUUACCAGAUGAAAACUUGUUCACUCGAGACAAGCCUUUAAGAAAAUCCGGACAAAAUUUUUUUAGCAUUGCAGCAAUGUUCAUAUUAUCUACUAUUUUCAUAAUAAAAUGAGUAGAAAAGAAUUUAACUUUUUAUUCGUAGCUACAAAGUAAAACAAAUUAAACACAACCAAAAAAAGUAGCUGGUACUUACACGUAUUUUUCGCUGCUUUGUAUUUUAUUUAAAAGAGUUAAAUUUUAUGAAAAGAUAACAAAGUUAUAAAACUCAAAGCAGCUUAUAUUUUUUAAAUCAUAAGUAGUCAUAAGUAUUCCUUUCAGAGAAGAUAAAAGUAGUCGGUUUUUUUCUUUAGCCCACAGGGCACCAAUAAGCGAGAAUAUUCUCUCGACCUUGGCAUUUUGAGAUGGAAGUGCAAAAAGAUAAUGACUGUUUUUAGUGAAUUCUUCGUGAAUAGAUAGAUUGAGGUUAUCGGAAUCAAAAUUUUCUGAUAUAUAUAUUUUUUAAAUUAGAUAAUUCAUCAAAAAAUUUAACGUCAUCUAUUUUGACUCCUUUUGAUACUAAAUAUAGUAAUGAGGGUAUAAUAUCCUUUUCUCAAUCACACUUGGUAAUAUCGUUUAGGCUCAUCCAUUUAAAACAUUGAAAUUCUUCAAAUGGUUUGAGCCAGUUUUUUAAGUACUAAAUUAAAUUAUGAUACAAACAAAAAAA